UCUCAUUUCCAAAUAAAAACAAAAGUUGAGCUGUAGUUGUCAAAAAUCCAAGUUCACCAUGCUUCAUGUGCUUGAACUUUAUCUCUCCCAUAAGAUAAGAUAAAGUGUGUGUCUUAGAGAUAAUGAUGUCUUUUCAAGACACAGAAAGUUGAUAGCUUCAGCAAUUUGCAGGACAUGAAAACCCAUUUUUUCCUUUCUCUGCCAGAGUUAGCUUGCGGCAAGUAAACAUAUAUACUGUUUCUUGAAAAUCAGGUUUGAGAUUGAUGAAUCUGUAAUGGCCAAUUACAGCUCCAGCUAUUAUAAUGCUAAUUUUGCUCCUUGUUAUGGUGAUUAUGAUCCCAAUAUUGGUCACUCAACAGUUGCAUACUCUUCAUACACUUGCAGUGAGCCUAACUACGUUGAGUAUGGCCUAGACCCUUAUGGUGGGGAUUAUAGUACUGUUAAGACUCGGUUUAUUGUCUCAUAUUCUGUAUCAGAGUUCAAUGAGACUGAAUUUGAAGAGUAUGAUCCAACGCCUUAUGGGGGUGGUUAUGAUCCUGAUACAACAUAUGGCAAACCUCUGCCCCCUUCCGAGGGGAUCUGUUACCCACGCUCAUCAAUGGAUCCAAAUGAUCUAUCCUUGAGUAAUUUUUCUUAUGGGUCCAUCGAGUCGCCUUAUGGGAAAGGAGUUGAUGAACCUGUAGAAAAACCUAGCAAUGGAAGCAAAACAGCAACAGCCAAAGAUCAAGAGCAGCAAUCCCAGGGUAGUGGUGAAGAUGAUAAUAUAGGUUCCAAUGGCAAGCCUGUAGAGUCGUACCGAGGUGAAGAUAGUAAGGAAGAUUAUUAUGAUGGUUAUUCAUCUCAUGUAAAUGGAGCAAUUGGAGAUAAUGGAACUGAAUAUGAAAAAAUGGUGCCUCAAAUUCCCCCAGGGUAUGGCUUGGAAGCAAUGGACCUUUGUGAAAGUUUGUUUGGUUACUGGCCCUGCUUGACUCGUGCAAAAAGAGAGAAUGAUUAUCGGAAUUGUCAUGGUCCUCGUGGAGUUAGUAGUAAAUGGAGCAACGACAACAGCCUUUGGGAGGGAACUGCAGAUUAUCUUUUUGGUAAUUCAUAUCCUUAUGGUGAAAGAUGGGGCAACGGAGGUAUUUACGAGAAUCCCAUCUUUAAUUAUGAAAGGCAUUAUCAGGGACAACAUCUAUCUAAUACAGGUGGAGUAUCAUGAGGAAUAUUCAUGGCUGAAUUAAUUCUUUCUUUUCUUUAAGCCAAAAUAGUCCCAAUAAAUAAAACUGUAAUAAAGGUUGUACUUUGUAGCAGCAUGAACAAUUCUAUCUGCAAGUAUUUCCUUCAUGACUCCCACAAGAUCCAACUGUAAUAAAGUUUGUACUUGUAUACAGCUGUUCUUGAAUAAUUCUUAAGUACUGCUUCAAAUGUUUGGAAACAAUCUACUUGAUGUAGAAUCUAUCAAAUUAUAGAUGAUGUUCAAAGAAAUUGAUUCAUAUGUUCAGGUCUUGCUCAAAUAUUG